AUGUCGCAAGGAAAAAUUGUUCUUAUGGCUUGCGGCAGCUUCAGUCCCCCGACUUAUAUGCAUUUACGUAUGUUUGAAAUUGCCAGAGAUUACAUACAUAGUUUGGGAUUGGGCACAAUUGUAGGUGGCAUAGUCUCACCGGUGCAUGAUGCAUAUGGCAAAAAAGACCUUGUAGCCGCGCAACACAGAAUAUCAAUGCUGCAGUUAGCAGUUCGUUCUUCUGGUUGGAUCAAGGUCUCCGAGUGGGAAACACAACAGUCUGGUUGGACCAGGACUAAAGUCUCCCUGCAAUAUCACCAGGAUACAAUAAAUAACUAUUUAACAAAUGAAGCUUCGACCGAACCGCCAUCUUGGAUCCCUGAUGACAUUCUUAACGUGAACAGUAUAGACGAACCCGAUAACCUCAUGGAGAAGCUGAAUGGCAACUUGCAGGACGAUGGUAGAGUGACUAUCAAGUUGCUCUGCGGUGCUGAUCUUCUGGAAUCUUUCGCAACGCCUGGACUCUGGUCAGAUGAAGAUUUGGAGACGAUUGUCGGGAAGCACGGCUUAGUGGUUGUUACUCGAGCCGGCAACGAUCCAGGAAGGUUCAUAUACGAAUCUGACAUGCUUUAUAAAUAUCGGAAAAACGUAGUCCUUGUCACCAACUACAUAGUGAAUGAAGUCAGUUCCACGGUGGUCAGAAGGCUGGUGCGUAGAGGGGAGAGUGCAAAAUACUUAACGGAUGAUGCUGUGUUAGCUUACAUCCGACAGAACAGGCUCUAUGGUGCUACGCCUUACAUCACUGAGUAUAACCUUCUUAAUGACCUAAUCGCGAAUUGCAACAAAAAAUCACCGCAAGACGUGAUCAUGACGUCACCGGAAGAGACCAGUUUCAAGAACAUCCUCAUAUCGAUUCGUGACAAACCGUCCAUCAUAGACGAGACGAUAACAGUGAAACGGCCGAGGAAAUCCAACUUCCUCGCACCGAACCACACAGACUCUGUCAGUCCUGUCCAGGAUACUUUAAAGCCCAAAUACGCCUACGUAGACAAAGUCCCGGCCACAUAUGUGCCCGGGAAGGCUGUGAAGAUUGUCAGCGAUGAGAAGGAACACGCCAUUAAGGACGAAAAGGUAAGUUAUUCCGAAUCGACUUACUCCUCCUUAGAUAGCUACUUGACUAAGGAAGAUCUUGAUAUGUACAAAAGGAGGGUUAGCGAUGGCAAUGUGGAUCAUAGAGUUGACAAUGUAAGUGUGAAGAAACGGUGCUCGGCUUCCACCAUUCGCAAGCUGAAGUCUGAUGAAAUGCGCAAGAGUAAAUCCGAGGUGAGCAAACUCUGCGAUAAAGUGAAGAGUAUCAAAUUGAAGGAGAAAGAUGACAGGAAUUAUAAGACCAGGAGUUGCAAUGAUAUCGUUAGGUUGAUAUUAACUAAACACGGAAUACACGUGAUCAGUGACACUGAAGCUAUCGUCUAG